UUAGGCCUGACCGUUGGAUGUCAACGCUGGGGAUGAUCGGUGACGGUAGAUAAAUGAGCGUCUUGUCGGGCAGGAAAAGCAGCGAUACUAGGUAUACAGUACACUGUCUACUAGAACGGGGAUCGAGGGGUGAUGGACAUUGAGGGUCUUUGUAUAGGAAAGCGCCAAGCGCAGAGGGGGGAAGGAUUUGCUGUUCUUCUGCUGGCCCUGCAGUCGUUGGCAGUUGCCAGCCAGCUGCGAUCGACCUGCAAAUGCGAAGGAGAGAGAGUCUGCAAUACUGAUUCGUCUGGGACCGACCCAAUACAUGAUCAUUCUGUACCUAAUUACUUAUCUGUACGCAACAUGCAGUAUAUAAGUGUGUGUUUUCUAUAGUCUGCUCGGAGGUCUGUGUCUCUGCAGCCCCGCGCCCAAUCAAGCCCUCGGUGCGCGCUGCCAAUAAAAGG